ACAACACUGCGCGCGAACCAAACACGGCGAGGAUAAAGCAAGAUGGCGUCUGACGGUGAAGACGUUAUUGCAGUCGUCACAGUUCAGUGUUCUUAAUCUGUGCGUCCAUGUACACGUAUAUGUCCUUUAUUACACUCUAUUAAAUAGAGUAAACAUCGUUAUAACUGUUUGCAUCCGGUUAUAUUAGUCUGAGCGCACUUUGAUGCUUCUCGAGCUAGCUUAGCCUGCUAGUUAGCUUAGCUUGUUAGCUGCUAACAAAGAGAGGCGGAAGUGAUCAAAACACAUCGCUAAGCAGAGAUCAAGUGUGAGUGUAAAGUGUUGUGAUUGUGUGAAAAUGUGCGAAAGAACGAUAGCAGAGUACGAGGAGGAACUUUGUCCAACAAAAGAGGAGAAGGAGCGACAACAUCAAAAACAUCAAGUUGUGUUACACAGAACAGACAUCCAUCAGCUGAUUGGACACCAAGAAGAAUGUCUUCCUCAUCUGCAGGGGGACAGUUUCACUUUAGAGUAUCCACAGCCCUCACAUUUCAAAGGGGACGAGGAGGAUCCACAGCCCCCUUAUAUUAAAGAGGAAGAGGAGGGAGAGUGUCCUGUAGGGCAGGAGGAGGCUGAUCCACUGACUGUUGUCUCUGUGAAGACUGAAGAGCAUGAAGACAAACCACCUGAGUCCUCACAGCUUCAUCACAGUCCAAACGUCUGGGAAGGACACCUUCACCCUGAGCAACAGAAGUGGAGCUUCAGGAUGCGGACGGAGGAGCCACAGCCCUCCCACAUUAAGAAGGAAGAGGAAUACCCACUUAUCCCCCAUUUUAAAAAGGAAGCGGAGGACCCACUGACACCCCAUUUUAAAGAGGAAGAGGAGGACCCACUGACACCCCAUUUUAAAGAAGAAGUGGUGGAUCCACUAAGCUCUAACAUUAAGGAGGAAGAGGAGGACCCACUGAGCCCUCACAUUAAAGAGGAAGAGGAGGAACACAGCAUCAGUCAGCAGGGAGAGCAUCUUGAAGGACUGGAGGAGGUUGAUGUCACCAAGAUGCCAGUGACUGGUGUCCCUGUGAAGAGUGAAGAUGAUGAGGUCAAAGGUGAGAGUGAGGAGAAGAGAGAGGCGGAGCCUCCAAGCAGCAGCUCAACUCAACACAUGACAACAGAAGCUGAUGGAGACCACUGUGGAGGAUCACAAGCAGACAAGCUCUUAGCUCCACUAUCAGAUAGUGAGGACACAACGUCACACUCUCCUGACACUGAUGAUGAACACUCUAAAGAUGAUAAGACAUAUCACACUGACAACCCACACUUCACAUGUUCUCACUGCGACAAAACUUUUAAGUACCAUAGUCGUCUAAAAACACACAUGAGAAUACACACUGGAGAAAAACCUUUUUCAUGUUCAAUCUGCAGUAAAGGUUUUAUUCGAAGGGACAAUUUAAAUAAACACAUGAAAAUACACACUGGAGAAAAAAAAUUUUCAUGUUCAAUCUGCGGUAAAAAUUUUAUUCGAAGGGACAAUUUAAAUAAACACAUGAAAAUACACACUGGAGAAAAACCUUUUUCAUGUUCAAUCUGUGGUAAAGAUUUUACUCGAAGGGACAAUUUCAAAUCACACAUGAGAUCACACACUGGAGAAAAACCUUUUUCAUGUUCAAUCUGCGGUAAAGAUUUUGCUGAAAGCAACCAUUUAAAAUUACACAUGAGAAUACACACUGGAGAAAAACCUUUUUCAUGUUCAAUCUGCGGUAAAGAUUUUACCCAAAGGGACCAUUUCAAUGCACACAUGAGAAUACACACUGGAGAAAAACCUUUUUCAUGUUCAAUCUGCGGUAAAGAUUUUAUUAAAAGGGACCAAUUAAAUAAACACAAGAGAACGCACUCUGGUGAAAAACCAUACUCUUGUUCAAGCUGUCACAAAAGCUUUCGUCACCCAAAAUCUAUUAAAGCACACAUGAGAACACACACAGGAGAGAAAGUGUUGAGUUGCAGUGUGUGUGGUGAAAGAUUCUCUUCUGAGUACCAGUUUAAGAAACACAAGUGUGCUGGUGAGAACAGCAGCAGCAAGUGAAGAUGCAGGAUUUGAAAUAAACUGUCAAACUUUAACUUUGAUUUUCUAACAUCAGCACAUAUAACAUGUGUGACAUCAUUGUUGUGUGUGUGACACCAUCUUGUUAAUAUGAUUCUAACAUUUAUAGAUUAGACACUUAAGAUUAGUGCUUUUAUUUCAGUCAAGUACAUGAGUUAAUAUACACAUUUGUGUACUUUAAAAUGAACAGAACAAUUUGACUGAAAAGGUGAGAAUAAACAGUACAUAAAAUAUGUUACAUACAGUAAACAUUUUAAGUGUAGAUAUUCAUAAUUCACUUUUAUACUAAAUAAUGACGUGUUACAUAUUUUAUUUUCUAAUUGUAGAUGAUUCCAUAGAUGAACUCCUUUAAAUGAUGUACAUGUUUGUUUAACAUGUGUUCAUACCUUUUCAAGGUUCAAUCCCUCUUAGUUCAUAUUUACUGGUUCACAUCUGAAACAUCUUCUGGACCACUUCUGGAAGCAUAUUAUUAUUUACUUUAUACAUCAUUUGAGCAGUUGUCUUUUAUACAAGAUCAUUUACUUUUAAAAUGUGUGACUUUAUGAAUCAUUUGUUGGGUCUCUAUAAUCCAUUCUAUUAAUUGUCUUUAUUACUCUCUUGUGUAAUAUGAAUAUUGUUGUGUGAUUGUUUUAUAUGUAUGUCCCCAGACAUUUAUGCAAUAAACAAUGUAUGCUUCA